AUGUUUACAGUUCCAUUUAAUUAUAAAUAUAUGAAAAAGUUAGCAGAAGUUGGCAAAUUAGAAACACCUAAAGCUGCUGGGAAAUAUGACACUGGACAGUUAUUUUUGCACAGAGUAUUUGGAUACAGGGGAGUUAUUUUAUUUCCAUGGUUAGCAAAAGUAUAUGAUAGGGAUGUUCCUAAUAAGAGAGAAGUUUCAAAUGUCGAUGGAAAUGUUGGAAUGAAUGUCGGAAAGGAAGUUAAAGGAAGAACUCAUACCUUUUAUCAAGUAUUGAUUGACUCAAGAGACUGUCCAUACAUAAGAGCUCAAGCUGAAGCAGUCACUUUUUUAGGCAAUCAAGAAAAUAGUCGUAGUUUAUAUGCAAUUCCCGGGUUAGAUUAUGUAGCUCACGAAGAUGUUUUACCAUAUACAACAGCUGAAAAACAACCUCUUCAUCAUGAAUUAUUUGAUAAAUUUCUUCUUUACUAUCCAGACAAAGAUCCACCUUUUGGUGCUCAAGAAACUCUUAGAGCGUGGCAAAAAAAAAAUCACCCUUGGUUAGAAUUGUCUGAUGUACAUAAAGAAACUACUGAAAAUGUGAGAGUUACUGUGAUUCCUUUUUACAUGGGUUGUAGAGAAUCUCAGACAACUUCUGUAUAUUGGUGGAGGUAUUGUAUUAGACUGGAAAAUUUAGGAGAAUUAACUGUUCAAUUAAGGGAAAGACAUUGGCGUAUAUUCAGUUUAUCAGGAACAUUAGAGACUGUAAGAGGUAGAGGAGUUGCUGGUCAAGAACCAGUUUUAUCAAAAACCUUGCCUGCAUUUCAGUAUAGCAGUCAUGUGAGUUUACAAGCACCAAGUGGUCACAUGUGGGGAACAUUUAGAAUGGAAAGAGAAGAUGGAUAUGCAUUCGAUUGUAGAAUACCUCCUUUUUCAUUAGAAAGCAAAAACGAAGAGCAAAAAACUCAAAAUGGGCAAACAUAA